AUGUCCAACGUCAAGCUGACCAUCAGACCGCUACCCCACAAGGACUUCGUACAAGGAUGGGUCGGAGUCGCAGAAUCAGAGAAUGGCACUAGACCGGCAGCGCACCUGGCAGGCACAGUCGAGGUCAAUGUGGGACCCAAGGGCGUCAAAGCGCAAUGGCUGCGAGUCGAGUUACGCAAGACAGAGGUUGUCCCGUCCAGCGCAGGCAGCAACAAGGCAGGCAAGAAGCACCGAGAACUCAUCGGCGAUGGUCCCACUGAGCUCUGGACCGCACGUCGGAAGAGCGUCAGAGAGACGCCCAAAGAUGCCAAAGUGUCUGCUGCACCCGGCAAAGAUGACGCCUUUGAGUUGCUCAAGACGAAAGAGAUUGCCUUCAAGAUACCCUUGCCCGAAGCACUGCCCAACUCGGUGUCUGUUGACCGACGGACGAGCAUAGGCAUCACCUACGAUCUCGUCGCGACUCUCUGCGCAAAGACGAAACCGUCCGGCUUCUUCUCGUCCAGCUCGCGGAAGCCAGAUCUACUCACCGAAGCUGUCCCCAUCAGUAUCGAGAAGCAUGAUACCCAUCCAGACUGGCCCAUCUACACAUAUCGAGCCGAGAAAGAGGAUCGCUCGGUGUCAGACCAUGGCUUGACAAUGACCGUUCAGCGUUCUACAACUGCAUAUGGCCCGGGCGACUCGAUGUGGGUCCGUAUCAGGAUCACAAGCACUCGUGCCGAUCCCGUCAAACUCUCACGAAUCGAACUUGGCUUGCAUGAGUAUAUCACGUACAGACCAGAACAGCCAGCAGAUGCGAAGAAAGAGAACGUCAAAGUCGACCAGCGGCAUCACCUGGUAGCAGCAGCCAACGAAACGCUCAACGCAAUUCUCUACCAUCAAGAAACCGGUACUUUCGACGUUCGAGGCUUGCUGCCUCGUGAGCACUAUCGCACGACGAUCCGACAAGCGAAACAGAUCGAUAUCGAAUAUCAGAUGCAGAUCACUGCCGUACUCGAGCGAUCACAGCAGACACGUGCGCCCAUUGGUAAUCUCGUCGUCCAGCAUCUACCUUGCGUCGUGGGAAGCUAUGAACGAAAGCAAGCAAGUGUCGUCAUAGAUAACAUACUCAGCAAUGGGCGCGCACCUAUACCCUACGAACUUGAUAACCCUACUAAGCGUCUUGAUCCCAAUCCAGUCGUCAAUGCCUUCGAUGCGGCGCAAUUCAAUCUCGGCACACCUAGCUAUCCUCCUCACCAUAUACACAGUAUUACGCCCACCAUGCCAGACACACUUGCUCCUCCCCGUCCAAAGCCCAAGGCGAGCCAACGACGCUCUGCCGGACCUCAGUUGGCCAGUCGAUUUGUUGGCCACGGUACGAAGAAGUACCAGCCGACCGGUCACAAACCACCCGUACCCGCUUCAGCAGCUCAUCAUGCUCGAGAUAGUGCAAUGAGAGGUGUUUCGGAUCCUUAUGACCUAGCCGCUUCGAUGGCAGGCAGAGGCAAGCAGAGCGCUUAUGCUCAGGCGAUGGGCAAUCCUACCAAAAUGCCACGCCACGAUCCAGACAUCAAUCCUUUUCCAGCUGUACCCACUCGAACGACUGAACCCGUCUCCCGCGCGGAAAGAGACAGAAGAACCGUCUCUGCACCUCAAGCGAUGAUCGCACCUAUGCCUACGCGGCAACUGUCUCGACCCGGCUCAUUGGCGGAUUCGCUUGGGGCGCAGGACUCAGACAUCAUCCGACCGGCAUCGCGGCACAGUACAAAGGUCAUAGAGGAUGCCAAGCGUCGGCUUGCGGAGCGGCGGAUGACGACCGAGCCUGAUCUUGCGCGUCAGAUUGUGCCAGAGCAUCCCUCGGCAGAAGACGAGAAGAGAAGGCUGUAUGAUGCCGCCAAGGCUACUGCCGAUCGCACGCAAAAUGCUGCCGGUCCGUCUGCACACGAUCGUGCCCCGUCGGCCUCACAUGGCUACGAGACCGCAGAGUCAGAGAAGGCGCGACUGUAUCGCGAAGCUGUCCAACAACGAGACAAUCCUACGCAAGACAAUGCAGACAGCGCAGAAUCCGAGAAGAUGCGGCUGUACAACGAGGCCGUUGCUGCACGAUCCGGUACGGGUCCAUCGCUCUCUCGACCGCCCGCAUUCGAGAGCGCCGAAGCAGAGAAACAGCGUCUGUACCGCAAUGCCGUGAGCCAACGGGAUGGCACAUCCGCGCGAUCGUCUGCAGCACCGAUUCGUUUCGAGACAGCAGAACAAGAGAAAGCAAGACUCUAUCAGUCAGCUGUAGACAGACGUGAUGGAGCAGAGCCUCCCGCGCCCGACUAUUCUGAGUCCUCCUCACCCACAAGUGCGCCAUCUGGCUCUGCCAAAGCGGAGAAAGCCAAUGUUGCGAGAUACUAUCAGGCUCGCGAAUCUCAGGCAGGCCUGGACAGCGGUAUGACAAAUGGCUUAUCUGACUCUAGUGUUACGAACAAUCCGUAUCGUCAGUCGGUCACGAGCAAUGGCAGCUCAACAAACGGCAGUCCGCGCACAUCUGAGAAAAUCAGAACCUCUUCCCUGUUUGCGCCAACGGACGCGCCGAUCAGCGAGGAGAUGAAGCGAUACCUGCAGGCAGUCCGACAGCGAGAUUCCUUCCAGCAAUCUAUCAACGGUGGUUCACCGUCUCGGAAUCAAGCAGAGCCUUCGUAUCCUUCUGCCGCUGAAGAGAAGGCAGCUCUGUCGCGCAGUAUCGGUGCAGCGCCGGCACAACCUACUCAGUUCGUACAAAACCCGCACAAUCUAGCAUCAUCGAUACCCCAAGCCGGUCACGACUUGUCGCCCGUCAACGAAUCUACCGAGCUAUCCUCCUCCAAACUAUCUCGACGCGCGUCGAGUGUUCGCGGACCCAGACCUGCCCGCUAUUCAUCGCCGCCGUUAGAAGAAUCGGCAGUCAAACAGGGCAAGCGACCACAACAGCCUGUCGCGCUCAAGCCACCUAUCGCACUGGCCCAAAAUGGAAGCUCGAGGACUUCCUCCGGCGGCCGAGAUCAGGCACGUCCGGGCCGACAUUCGCAAGACUCGUCUCGGCGGUCUUCGCAGGAAUCGGAUCGACCAUCGCCCACUCGGGGCAAAUUUGACAGACGGAGUCCCUCCAAGCCUAGGCAAUCGAAACGUGCAUAA